AUGACGCUUCAGAUCCGUGCGAAGCGGAGACAAUACGGAAUCGAACACAGCAUCAUCUGUGAUAACUCAUUUAUCACAGACGCGCGCGUGCAAAGUGGUCUCGUGAUGCGAGCUCCUGGCGAAGCCAACGAUGAUGUGGAGGCUGAGAGAUGCUGCGAGGCAGCUUCAGCAACGAACGCUGCACAGAACAGACAAAACAUGCUCGUGCUCACACGGUCAGCUGCUGCUCUCAGCCCCCUUAGCAGCAGCACCGCCACCGCCACCAGCAUCAUGGGCGGAGACGAACACGGCAGCGGCGACUUCCUCGUGCCGCCAGACCUGCAGCGAGCUCUCGCAAACAGCAUCAUGCGCCACGACUCCGUCGACGACCUGCGCAUUCUGCUCGCAUCCGGCUCCAAAGCCGACCAGCCGGUCGCCAACGGGCUGCGUCCGCUGCACUACGCCGUCUACGAGCAGUACGCCGACGCAGUUAGGCUGCUGCUCGUGCGCGGCGGCGACGUCAACACGACGGACAGCGGCGGCUACACGGCGAUGCAUCUGUGCGCCGAGCGAGGCUACGUCGCCAUGAUGCGCAUCCUCGUCGAGUUCGGCGGUCGCGUGUCGAGCGCCGAGCAUCAGCGCCCCCUAGCGGUGGAGGCGCACGCCGACGCCGACGCGUCGUUUCCGGCCAACGACAUGGAGGAGCCGCUGCGGUUGGCGAUCAAGGGAGGGCACUACGAGUGCGCCGAGUUUCUGCUGGAGCACGGAGCCGAUCCGAACGCCCGCUACUUCCUCGGGAGUGAGAUCAACAUGGUACACCCCGAGGACACGGUCUUCCUCGAGCUGCUGCUGAAAGCUGGCGCGCGCCCCGACGCGUACGACCGCAGCGGUUUAACCCCGCUCAUGAAAGCCGCCAAAUAUCGCAAGUGCCUCGCCGCCGUUCGUCUGCUGAUCGCGCACGGAGCCGACGUGAACGCGCGCGCCACCGUGCGGCAGGACUUCCGCACGGUACUGCACUACGCCGUCAUGGGAGUCAACCUGGACGCCGUGGCAACGCUCGUCGAAAAGGGAGCGCGCGUCAAAAUGGACGUCGACUACGACGGCCCGAGUCCGCUAGAUGUCGCCAUCCUCACGGACGACGUCGACGUCGUCGCGGCGCUCAUCGACGCUGGCGCCGACAUCAACUCGUUCACGUCGUCGAUCGGCACGCCGCUGCACGUCGCGCUGUCCGGCGAACUGCGCCACCAGGGGGCAAUCGUCGAACUGCUGCUGCGACGCGGCGCCGACGUCAACAUGACGCAUCGCUAUAACAACGGCGCUGCGCUGAAGAGCCCCCUGGUGGAGUACCUGAACAGCCAGAAGACGUACUCGCGGCAGGUCGUGUCUCUGCUGCUCCGCUACGGCGCGCGUGUCAUCUUCACGCAACCAGCUCUCGACCCGCGAGGUCUGCUGCGCUCCCUAGGCUCCAUAGUCGCAGACGACGGCGAAGCAGACGACGAGGAGUUACUAGAGCUGCUCGCCUACUCCUCCGAAUGCUUCGACAUCGCCUACGUGCAGCGCUCCAUGCUGCUACCUGAGGAGGUGCGCGUGCCCCUGCUGCGCAUGUGCACGCGGCCGACACCGCUGCGCCACCUGGCGCGUCUCGCCCUGCGCGAGAUGUCGCCCGACGGAGAGGAGUACGUGCAGAAGGUGCGGGCGCUGCCGUUCCCGCGCCUCUGGAUCAGGUAUCUGCUGUUCGAGUUCUGCUAG